AUAUUAUUUUUUCCAUUUUUUAAAUUUUCUCAAUUUUUUUUUACUUUAUUUAUUUCUCCUCUUUUUCCUGCAAAACCCUAAAUUCAUUCCCCUGCAAGAAAUUUUUGCAUUAAUCAUAAAGUUUGCAUUUUUCUUCUCUGUAAUUUUUUGUGUCUCUUGAUAAUUUUUACUGUAAUUUUCUGUGAACUUUCAAGUUCUGUGCAUUCCCUGCAAUGGUGGAGAUUAAGCCAUAGAAUUGUGUUAGUUUCCUCAAAGCAAACUCAGUUUCUUGCUCUUAGAACUGGGUUUGUUUUUGAUCUAUGAAAUUCAUCAAAGUUCUCUCCUAUUUUAAGGUGUUUUCAAACUUGAACUCUGUUCUUUUAUUUUAAUUCUAUUUUUUUUCCCCAUAUUCUUCUUGCGUUGUUCAAGAGCUCAUUUUCCAAUUUUGUUUGGGGAAAUUUGUGAAAUGAGCUCUUGCUGCUGUUCUAGCAAUUUAGCUUAGAGAAAGUUUGAAUCUUUAGGGUGUGGGUUAGUAAGAUUCUCAGAGUUUUGGUUAGUUAGGGUUUUCAGAUUUCUGGGUUUUUUAUUUCUUGAUCUAACAUAUAUAAAUGGAGGUGAAAGACGGACUAACCCCACCUGUGGCACUAAGGGGAGGUGAAGCUCCAGGGAGCUAUCAUGUGGCCCCCAGAACUGAAAACUCCACCCUGUUCACGGGUCCCACAAUGCAAUCUGCUGUUGCAGCUCCGGCGAUCGAAGCUACACCUCUAACCACUGUAGCUAGUGUAGCCGCGCCUCCCGUCAGUGCAGGGAUGUCUGGGCCACGUACCGGCUCUGAAGUGAAGAAAAAGAGAGGCAGACCUAGAAAGUAUGGUCAAGAUGGUGCUGUGAACUGGGUGACAAUGGCAUUGUCUCCAAUGCCCAUAUCCUCAUCAAUUCCCCUGACCGGAGAAUACUCCGCUUGGAAACAAGGUAGAGGGAAGCCGGCAGACACAAUUAAGAAAUCGAAUAAAUUUGAGUUUGAGAGUUCAGGUGAUAGACUUGCAUAUUUUGUUGGUGCGAAUUUCACACCUCAUGUGAUCACUGUUAAUGCUGGUGAGGAUGUUAAUAUGAAGAUAAUGUCAUUUUCUCAACAAGGAUCUUGUGCUAUAUGUAUCCUAUCCGCAAAUGGUACAAUUUCAAAUGUGACUCUUCGACAGCCUACUUCUUCUGGAGGAACUCUGACUUAUGAGGGUCGUUUUGAGAUACUUUCUUUGUGUGGAUCGUUUAUGCCUACUGAGAAUGGAGGAACAAAGAGUAGAUCGGGUGGGAUGAGUGUUUCUUUGGCUGGCCCAGAUGGUCGUGUUCUGGGUGGAGGACUUGCUGGACUAUUGAUAGCUGCUGGACCAGUACAGGUUGUUGUGGGAAGUUUCCUACUGGGUCACCAGCAGGAACAGAAGCACAAGAAGCAGCGAACUGAGUCCAUGCCAGUUGUCACCCCUGCAAUUGUCAAUACUGUCUCUGCAGAAGAAUUGAAGACAUCUCAUGGUGGAGUAAAGCCAGCUCUCACCUCUACUUUAUCCUUCCAUGGGGACAGUUCAGCUUCUUUAAACCCUACUCAGGGAAUCAGGAACUCAGCCACUGAUGCAAAUUCAUCUUCACCCGAUGAGGAUUCUAGGGACCAUAGCCUCUCACACUGCGAGCUUUCCAGUUGAUCAGCUAUGCACACUAGACACCGAACUAUAUUUAUCAUCUGCUACAGACACAACAUGAUUUAGGCUUACCAGACCUUGUCUGGAACCAAUAUAAACUCGUUGGCUGUUGAGGAAGUAGGUUUUUAGCUUUGUGUCGGUUCUUAACCUGAUAAUUUUACUGUCUGAUAGCUCUAGGUAGGAGGUCUGAUUAUUAGUUCUCAUUUUUGGGUUUUUGUGGUCAUGUAUUCAACUGAGUUGUCUGACAUGUUGUUGUACCAUUUUAUGCAUGGUUCCUGGUGCGUUAUUCUUCUGAUU